AUGGGAGAUAAUAUAGUGUUAUAUUAUUUUGAUGCAAGGGGGAAAGCUGAAUUGAUAAGAUUAAUUUUUGCAUACCUUGGAAUAGAAUACACAGAUAAAAGAUUUGGAGUAAAUGGAGAUGCUUUUGUUGAAUUUAAAAAUUUUAAAAAAGAAAAGGAUACUCCUUUUGAGCAAGUACCUAUAUUACAAAUUGGAGAAUUAAUAUUAGCUCAAAGCCAAGCUAUAGUUCGCUAUUUAUCAAAAAAAUAUAAUAUAUGUGGUGAAAAUGAAUUAAAUGAAUUUUAUGCAGAUAUGAUAUUCUGUGGUGUUCAGGAUAUUCAUUAUAAAUUUAAUAAUACAAAUUUAUUUAAACAAAAUGAAACUACUUUUUUAAAUGAGGAUUUACCAAAAUGGUCAAGUUAUUUUGAGAAACUCUUAAAAAAAAAUCAUACAAAUAAUAAUGAUAAAUAUUAUUUUGUAGGUAAUAAUUUAACAUAUGCUGACUUAGCUGUUUUUAAUUUAUAUGAUGAUAUUGAAACAAAAUAUCCAAGUAGCUUGAAAAAUUUCCCUUUAUUAAAAGCUCAUAAUGAAUUUAUAAGUAACUUGCCUAAUAUCAAAAAUUAUAUUACCAACAGAAAAGAAAGUGUAUACUAA